GAAAAAGAAAAGAAGAAAAAAGAAAGUAUAUUAGAUUUAUCAAAGUAUUUAGAUAAACCAAUCAGAGUUAAAUUCAGUGGUGGUCGUGAAGCGACUGGAAUGUUAAAAGGAUUUGAUCCAUUGUUGAAUUUAGUGUUAGAUGGAACUACAGAAUUUUUAAGAGAUCCAGAUGAUCCUUAUAAAUUAACAGAAGAUACUCGUCAGUUAGGAUUAGUUGUCUGUCGUGGUACCUCCGUUGUCUUAAUUUGUCCAGCUGAUGGUAUGGAAGCCAUUGCAAAUCCUUUUGUUCAACAGGAUGGAUGA